GGCGGGGGACUGUAUUCUCCUCAUUUCCCCUUCUGACGUUCGAUAAUAUCUGUAAUCUGUAUCUGACUUGUGGUACAUACAUAGUUGUUUCUUUAGCUUCGCAGAAUCGAGCGUAGAAAUUUAAUCCACAGAGAAACAACUUUCGAAUAUACUUUGGGAGAAAAAUGUCGAACAGCAAGUGUGUAAAACAACUGCGUAAAAGUUACGCGAAAGAACAGCAAGAAAUGACGCAUUCGGAGAAGCUGCGGCUAAUAGACGACGAAUUGAAUUCUUUCUACAAAUAUUGUCAGCAAGCUGGUUUUACAGAGGAGGAAAUGGAUAUUAUUUGUCAACCCUUGGUGGCAGCGAUGCGACGUUCUUGGUUACAAUUGGUGUUUCGUGGCAUGCUUGUCCUAAUAGUUCUUGGUACCUUGGCAUGUUUAGCGGCACAAAUGGAUUUCGUUGGAACCCAUUUUACGGCUAUCAGCCGUUUGUUGCUCAUCAAAAUUCUGCCAAUUUGGAAUUGGCAACCUUUAUAUUACGAGAACUGCAUGAUCAACAAUCCCUUUUACAACGAUCACACUAUCACGGAGGAUGACUGUGUGACCUGCGAAGCACUGGAAACUAUUGAUCGAUUGUCGGACGUGAGAUAUCGUAAUCUCGUGGACAAUUACUUGAGCCGUGAUGCUCCUGCAAUUAUCACAGAUGCGAUGGACUCCUGGACAGUUAUGAACACGGAUUACUUUUGGUUUGACAAUAUCACUCAUCUCUACUUGGAGAAUGAACGAUUGAUGGAGACAGUUCCUUGCGCGUUGACUUCAAAUUUGAGAACUGGAUCAUCCGAUUUAGCAGCGUUCUUACGUCGAGUCCAUUCUCCGGAAGUGGCGAAGUGGUUUGUCCAUUGGCAGAACUGCGAUAUCAAUGCGGUAAAGGUGUUAAGAAAAUAUUACCAGCGCCCAUAUUUCCUUUCGAGUACAGUCUCGCCAGCACAUUUCAAUUGGGUCCUCAUGUCUUCGGAUUACAAUAGUCCGAGUUACAAGAAGGUCGAGUUAGACUCUGGACUGAUCGCCCUUGCACAGUUACGAGGAGCAACACAGCUUCGCUUAACACCUAUAAAUCCUUGUAACAGUUCGUGUCCUGAAUUGAUAGCGGAUUUGCAUCAAGGUGAAAUGCUCGUUUUCACCAACUUGAUGUGGACAUUGGAAUACGCACCGAUGAGAGGAUUGGAUAAUAUUGCUAUUUUGACCGAAACCGUGUGGGAGGAAGAUACAUAGAUCUGCUUUUUCGUUACUGUACGUCUUAUUAGUCUUCGAUACUUGAACAUUAUGCGUGUGUUGCUCGAACGUACACAUAUAUCCUUAUUCUAUCGCAACGCCAUAGUAGACGUCUAAUAAAGUACUACGAUCAAAUUUCAUCGAA